AUGAAAAUGCAACUGAAGUUUGUGGGUUUUCAGAUGGAGCAGCCAGUGGCUCAGACCACCGCUGACGCUUCGUCGACCUCAGCGCAGUCUACACGGACAAGCAGUGUAUCACCAGGCGUUCCUAAGAGGCGAAUCCCAAAGGUGCACAAGAAAAACGAGCGUGGCGAAACACCACUACACGUGGCAGCGCGAAAAGGUGAGCAUCGGCAAUGCAAGAAAUUGAUCCAGGACGGAGCGCUUGUGGAUGCACGUGAUUAUGCGGGACUGACGCCGCUGCACGAAGCAUGCUAUCACGGACAUUUCAAAGUUGCCAGACUUCUCAUAAGCUGGUUUGGCUGCUGCUUCAUUCGGGUGCCGAUCGCAAUCGCUCUGACAGUGAUGGAAGACAACCGAUUGAUAUUUGCCGCCCGGAAUGCACGGGCAUCAGAACUCUCCUGCUUUCGCCCACUGUUCCGGAUCGAUGUCCCGGACCCGUCGCAACCACUUGCAGUUAGUGUACCACAGCCUGGCGCAGAGAAACAAUUUUUGAUAUCACCAAGCAGUGACGAUACAGCAGCCAGUGCUGAGGCAUCCGCUGUGAAGAGAGAAAAUAUGGGAGCAAAUGACGAAGAAUCACACGACUCGCCAGUUGAUGCCGAAAAAAAUGUUGCUGCAAAUACUCAGAUUGUUGGUGCUGUUGACAACCCAGUGAUAAAAAAUGAGGAAAUUCAGGAUGAAACACAGCGUAAUUUUGAGGAAAUCGACUCGUCUUCUCUGCGACAUCCCAUGUGGCGUGAGAGUAGCGCUUCCUCACUGAAAAUCGACGAGUCGCAUGUGAGCCCUCCUGGCGAUACUGACGAGGAGUUAGUUUCCUCGCGUGAGCCACACGAAGAAAUACGUUUUGGAAACAGCGAAUCCAGAGAAGCCGAAAUUCGACGAACUGGUCGCUCACGUGGCGGAGCGCGUGCUGAACGUUCCUCUCCUUCGCAUACCUCGCAAAAAACGAAUUGUGGGGAAAAGCGCAAACAGAGGGGUCGAAAGCGAGGAAAAGGUCUAACAGCUGCAACAAGUUCUACAAGUGUUUCAACGCAUACGUCACAGCCAGAUGAUGUGUACGAAUUUCGCAGCAGUCCGGAAUCGGAUAUUGGCAUCAGUGUAUGUCGCUUACUUACAUCACUUCAAAUGCACUAA